GAGCUUUGCCAACUUUUUUUUUCUUCCUACUCUUCCCUUUCCCUCGUAUGCUGCGAUGAUCAUUGGCCUAUCACGGCCUGGAAUCGUCCCUUCGCUUGUGAGAUCAUCACCCCAGUCGAUAAAUCGAGUUCCUCCCUGACCGACCAUUUCCUUUACGAGCUGAAAGGCGGGAAAAAACAAAACACAAUGGGGCACGCACAGCCAAACUCGUGACCCGCCAGAUAGCAUCAAUCGCGCGAUAAAGAUUGCAAAAAGCAAGAGUCGAAUCACAAACUCUACGGAGCGAUGCGCCGGCUCCAUUGGUGAAGCGUCAGGAUACCACUGUUCAGCCUGGCGGUGGCCAAGCCGCUCACAGCCGUGCCUGGCAUCAUCAUGGGCACAGCGCAGUCACCGCCCCUUCGGACAUGAAUCCAUCUCAGCCAUGCUGUGCCCUGCUUGCCUGUGUGCGUACGUGCGUCAAUCCAAACGACAAAACGGCAGACGAAGGCAUGUGGGCAGCAUGUGCUUGUUUGUCGUCAGCUGGACCCCCACACGAACGAACGAACUCAGGCUUGUGUCCUGGCCAGCUUGACUAACUGCGUCGGAUGCACCACCGCCCUCGCCUUCCUUCUUGCCCUAUGUCGACUAUUUAAGUAGCCUUAUCCUUCCAUCCUCAAACGAGAUAUAGUCAACCCGUUAGUCCCACCAUUUGACGUAUCCGUCCCCUUCUUUCACGACUUAGCCCCUCACGCCUCCAAUUGCUCUUUGUCACCAGUCUCCGCUUCUCCACAACCGCUUUGUCAAUAUAAAACCUCCCUCCACCACCACUUUGGAAUCCUUCAUCAUGUCACCGCACCACGACGCACCCUCUCCUGCAUCUAGCUUCAUCACUUCUUCCUCACACUACCCUGUGCAACAUCAGACAACACACCCCUUCUACAACAUGACCUACCACGAUACAUUCGAGACCAGUUCCAUUGAAUCAGACAUCGGCCUUCGUCGAUCUCUGGUCCCAGGCAUCUAUGUCCCAACAGUGGCCUUCUUCGACCCUGCCAACGACAAUGUCGAUGUGGAGACUACAGCCCAACACGCAGUUCGUCUGGCACAAGCAGGCGUUGCUGGCAUUACCACUCAGGGUUCCAAUGGGGAAGCUGUCCAUCUUUCUCACCGCGAACGCAACCUCGUCACCAGCACCACUCGCAGGGCUUUGGAUGACGCAGGGUUCGGUUCCAUGCCCAUCAUCGUUGGCUGCGGAGCCCAGUCCACUCGCGAGGCUAUCGAACUCUGUGAGGAGGCUGCUGUUAGUGGAGGCGACUACGCCUUGGUGCUUCCCCCAAGCUACUACCAAGGCCUCUUUUCCAAAGACACUGUGCUCAGUUUCUUCAGGGAUCUAGCAUCAGCAUCACCUAUUCCUAUUCUCAUCUACAACUACCCAGGUGCCGUUUCUGGAAUGGAUCUCAAUUCUGAUGUCAUCAUCGACCUCGCACAGCACCCCAACAUUGUCGGUUGCAAGUUGACCUGUGGCAACACUGGAAAACUGAACCGCAUUGCUGCGGCAACCCGUGCCGCCACAGCUUCGAACCCCGGCUCAGGCUUCAUGUGCAUGGGUGGUUCGGUUGACUUCACCCUUCAAACCCUGAUCGGAGGUGGCUCGGGUAUCAUUGGCGGCAUGGCCAACAUUGCACCCAAGACCUGUGUGAAGCUAGUCAACCUUUAUGAGUCUGGCGAUCUGGUGGCCGCGCAGAAGCUGCAAGCUAUUGUAGCCCGCGGCGACUGGGCUGCAAUUCAGGGCGGCAUCAUCGGCACCAAAGCCGCCCUUGAAGCUCACUUUGGCUAUGGAGGUUACGCCCGCAAGCCCCUUCCCAGGCCAUCCAAGGAAGAGACUAGCAAGUGGCGCGAGUCUUUCGAUGAGCUGGUCAGAGUGGAAAAGUCUUUAUGA